UCCAACGCUCCUUGACGGCAAUGCUGUAAAAUCAUGAAUGAAAACAACAUGGAAGCCGAGGGGAGCUUCGCCUUUCCCCAAGUCAAAACAGAGCCCAAAGAAGAAGGGGAGGAGGAGGACGACGACGAGUUGGUACCGAAAAGGGGGAAUCGAAGUUCCACGGUUUGGCUUUGGUUCGGCUUUAAAACGAGCGACAUCGAUCAGAAAACGGUCAUCUGCAAAACAUGCCGCCGUCAAAUCGCUACCAGCGACUCCAACACCUCCAAUCUUUUCUACCACUUGAAGACGCGACACGAAGCGCUGUACUUGGAAAGCCUGAGGAUGCGAGAAAGCGUCAUCGGUGCUCCUCAACCCCAGAGCAACGGUCUGAAAAAAGUCCCAAAGGCGCGGAAGGAGACGUUGGGGAAAUACGACGAGCAGUCUCGCAGACACCGUGAAAUUACCGAGGCCAUCUGCGAAUUCCUCGUCUCGGAAGAGCGGGCCUCGCUAGACACCGUCCGAAAGAAGGGCUUCAGAGAACUCAUCAAAACACUCGAGCCCAGAUAUAACUUGCCGGAUCCCAAACACUUCACGGACGUCCAACUGCCGCGCAUGUACGAAGAAUGCCGCUCCAAGGUGACCGAGGAACUGAAAAGCGUGGAAUAUUACGCGCUGACGUGCAGAGUCAUCACGCCGCCCUACGUCAGCCUGACGGUUCAUUUUAUAAACCACGACUGGAUUUUAAGAAGCCGAUGCUUACAGACCAGCUACUUCCCCGAAGACCGCACGGUGGCCGGGAUGUCCUCGGUGGUGAAAGAAGUUCUCGAAUCGUGGGAUCUGCGUGAAGAUAUGCUCGUCUGCGUCACCGCCGAUAACGCCACCCGGGACGAUCACGAGUGGAAUAGACUACAGUGCUUUGGCCGUCAUCUGCAGAUGGCCAUCGAGAACAGCCUGAAAACAUCUUCGCAAAGCCAAGCGGCCGUGAGCGACGCCGUGGGGAUGUGCAAGCAGGUGACGGCGGCCAUCUCCAAUUCCUUGAAGAGAAGACGCGACCUGGCCAAGGCUCAAGUGGACCUGGACGUGCCGAUUCACCAGCUCAAAACCGAGAACCCGACGCGAUGGGGCUCGCGGCAACAGAUGAUCAGCAGGUUCAUCCAACAGGAGAAAGCUGUUAAACAGGUCCUCCUGGAAGACAGAAAAGUGAGGCAUCUGACUCCAACCAGGCAAGAUAUGAGAAUUCUGGAGUCGGUAAACACGGCGUUAAGCCCUCUGAAGGAAUUCACCGACGCCUUUUCCGGCGAGGAGUACGUCAGCGUUUCCUACGUCAAACCCGUGCUUCACCUCUUCAAGAACCAAAUCCUCAAGCCUCACCACGACGACUCGGCGCUCACCAGAAGCGUCAAAGAGGGAAUCCUCCGCUACCUCUGCGACGAAUACGCCGACGACGCCACGGAAAGGUUGCUGGACACGGCGACCCUCCUGGAUCCCCGGUUCAAAACCGCCUACAUCAAAGAAGAGCGAAUCGAGUGGAUCAAGUCGAGAGCCGCCGCGGAAAUGGAGCUCCUGAUGGCCGGGGUCCGACCGCCGGCGCCGGAGGUCUUUGCCGCGGCGGCGCCCUCCGACGAGUCGGACCUUCCGGCGGCCAAGAAAGCCAAGAGGAGCUUGUCCAGCUACUUCAAGAAAGCGGCGUCGCCCGCCAGCGGCCCCGGCGGAGGCGGGUCGAAACCGAGCAGAGCGUCGGUGGAACUGGAGCUCAACACGUACCUGCGGACGGCGGAGCUGGAUCCGGAGAAAGAUCCUCUGGAGUGGUGGAGGCAGCACGAGCUCAACUUCCCGUGGGUGGCCAAGCUGGCCAAAAAAUACCUGUGCGUCCCCGCCACCAGCUUCCCGUCCGAGCAGAUCUUCGGCGCCGGCGGCGACGCCGGGACCUGGACGGGAUGUUGCGGCAAGCCCCAAAGAAUCGAUCAGAUGGUCUUCCUAUCGGCAAACCUGAGGAAAGCAUUCAACUAAAGUUUCUUUUUCUGAUUCUUUUCACUUGGACUCAUAUUUUAAAUAGUGCAUGUUCACAGGAUAUGUGGGUUCUAUUUUAUCUCUUUUGUAUGUAAAACUUAUGUAAAUAAAUGGUGAAAAGAGAAAACCAGCGUCAGAUCUAAAACAACUAGUGUGUUAUCGGCCGAUGCUCUAUAACCCAAUUUGGGUUAUAAAAUAACCCAACUGCUGGUUAAAUAUUGCACCAACCCAGCAGUAGUCAAUUUGACCCAGCAAGAUGGGUUUCAUCACUAUAACCCAACAGAUGAGUUAAAAAAAAUUACUCAAAUUCAGGGUCAAAUUAACUACAAACCAAGGUAAAUUCAACUUCAUGUAUGUGUUAUAUAUUGUACCCAAAAACUGAGUCAAAUUAAUUACAAUUUUGGGUUUUAACUAUAUAUAUAGUUUAUUAGUUGUACUUAAUGUUGGGUUUAAUUAAUUGUUACUGUGGGUUGUUUUAACUACCUGUAUUGUUUAUCAACUUUACCAAAUGUUGAGUCAAAUCAGUUGUAAAUGUGGGGCAAAAUGAAUUAAAAUGUUGGGUUGUUUUAAACAAGUUCAGUAAUCCAUACAAAUGCUUGGUCAAAUUAAUCAAAAUGUACAACCACGAGCUAUAACAAUCCAAGUGAUUUGAUAAUGGAUAGGAGGUACAAAUAAAUACUAGUACAGCAAUCUUUAUAAUACUCUGCCUUGAUAUUUAUUUGUAAAACAUUGAGUGCAAAUGAGGGAAUCACACAUUAAAAAAGUCAAGGCAAACUUGGCAAAAUACUGUGCAAAACAGACAAACAUAGGGAAAAAAAUCAUGAUUGAAGUUUAGGACCAACACAUUUAUAGGACUGACCAUGCGAGAUUUAAGCUUGACCCUUUAACCCCCGCCUUCCUCUCAAUCCUCAAAAACACCAUUGUCUUUUCAACUUCAUGUUAUCAUGUUCUCAUUUCUUUGUUGGUUUUUGUCACAUUUUAUUUGCAUUUUUUUUAACGAUGCUUUGGUAUUUUUGUCACUUUUCUUGCACUUUUUAGUGAAUUUUGGUUAUUUCCUUUUGCAUUUUGGGAAUGUUUUGGUGAUUUUAUGUCACUCUUUUGAUGUGUUUUGGUGUUUCAGUUUGGUUGUUGUUCUUGACUCAUUUUUGCUGCUUUACACAAAUCUAAAAACCUUGAAUAAGCCCCUAAAUAGCACAAAAAUAGAUUAAUAUGAUAAGGAAAUUGUGAAUAAAGCAGCCAAGAAAAACAAGUAAUUUGAGAAUGACAGAAUCAUCUUCAGAGAUCAAACAAGUGUGACAAAACCUCAAAAACAUAAAAAAAAAAGUUCUUAAAAUGACACCAUCUUCCAGGGCUGGCUCAAUUUCAUCAUUUGAACAUUGUGGCUAGGUGGGGCUGGACCUUCUAAUGGGUCAUCAAGCGUAUUUUGAAGAACAUGUUUUUUUUUUUUCCCCCUAAGUGUCGUCUAAAAGACCUUAGAUAAGAAAAUGUCCGACCACAACCGCUUUCACAACACUGGAAGUGGGUUGAUGCUGAGUGUACAUGGUGUACCCCACACAAAUGAAUAAAAAAGACCCUUGAUGCCCCCUGAAAUUUGCUUUUUGCACUUAAAGCAUUUGAAUGUCAUCUUUUUAAAAAUAUAUUCAAAAUAAGCAAAAACAAAAAGAAGAGAAACCUCCAACUAGUCACUUAAAUACGUACAAGUUCUCCAAAUUUCUUGAGAAACUGGAGUCUAGGGCCUGCUCUUGGAAUCAACUGCUUAAUUGUUUCCUCAUCAAUCCCCUCCUCUGAAAAACAAAACAGAAGACAAAGACAUUACAUUACAACAGUUCAGCAGAAAGCAAAAUUAUAUGGAAGCAAUAGUAAGAAGCACAAUCUCCCAACAUUUAUUAAAUGUGAAAAGAGUACUGAAAGACUAUAAAAUGUGCCAUAUUAGUCAUAACAUACCACUGGAAGCUACUCAAAAAAGAUGAAAAUGUUUUCAUACCUUUAAAUCUUUCUCCCACAUCUGCCAGCUGCCACUGUUAACGGUGUAGUGACAAAGCUAUCCAUUGAUCUGAAACAAACACAAAAAGGGCUUAAGCAAAAAUAAAAUAACUGUUGUAUAAUUAUUCAGGGAAAACAUUGUCGAAUGAAAAGGAAACGAACUGCAGAAUGUAAUCCGAUAUUUGUUCACUCACAGGUAGGACUGCAUGAUUUUUUGAAAGAAACCUAAUUGUGAUUUAUCGGAGACACAUUGUGAUUUCUAUUUAAUUUGCGCCUUUUCAAUUUUGACUUUUAAAUCCAUUAAAUAUUGCUAUGAGGAUGACUUACACGAGUCCUGACAGUUUGCGAUAACAUUAAAUACUAAUUUUAUAAAGUUUAAAGACAAUAAAACUCAUACUCUCGACUAUGAACUAAUCAACUUUCUUGAAUACGGCUUCUAAAAGUAUGAAAAGCAAAACAGAAAUGAACAAAUGAAUAAAGUACAACAACCAAAUCGAGUAACAAAACAUGUCAAAGAAUUAGAGUGACAAGAAAUCACAAAAAAAAAAAAAAAAAAAAACUCAAAAUAAAGUGUCAAAAAACAAAUGCUUGAAAAAGUCCUAAAAAUGCAACCAAAACAGGCACUAAAGUAAAAAAAUCCAACAAAUAGGGAGGACAAAAAGUUUUCAAAAGGGUACUUAAAUUAACAAUGACAAAUCUGCAGAUGUUAAGGGGCUAAAGCACAAAGCUAACUUUAGUUUGUAGAGUGUCUCUAAAGUGUUUACUGCUGACAGAAACCACGAGCGUGCAAACAAAUUAAAUAAUAUUUGACAUUUCUGACUUUUUGUUUCUAGGGAAAAGGUAAAAAAAAAAAAAAAAAACUUAACUGCUUGCGUUUAUUUCAUGAGCUCAUUAACAAUAGAUAAUCUUAUGCGACAU